UCGUCCUCGCCCAUCGCUAGUUGACUGACAGAUCACCGCUUUUUGAGGCAGCACGUCUGUUAAUUCAUAAAUUCUCUCAAAAUUAAGUGAUCGUUUAUUAUCGUAAGAAUAAACAAUCAUUAAUUUAAUGGAGACAAUAUUCUAGUUGUGUGUUGUAUAGUUUUUAAGUAUGUCGUUAAGUUAAUUUUUAGGUUAUAUUUGGUUAAGUUCACGUAAAAAUCGAAAUAAAAUGAGUAACGGGAGAGGUACAAAUUGGAAGAAUUGGGGUAAUAAACCUUUUGGUAACAAUUCUGGGUCGUACAGAGGUGGACAAGGGCGUGGGGCGAGAGGUUUUAAUCGGGGAGGGUAUAGGAACUUCAACAAUCAGGGUUUUUACGGUGAUAACUUUAGGGGUGGAAAUCGAGGUGGUUUUGCCAACCGAGGAGGAGGUGGUUUUGCCUACCGAGGAGGUGGUGGCGGCAAUCAACAGUGGAAGAACAGGCCUAGACGGGAGACGCCGGGAAAGAGGCUCACUGAAGAGGAAAUUGGAGUCACAGAGUAUAUCAGCAACCAUGAAGGAUUUUCUGGGAUUAUCAAGUCCAGGUAUUCAGACUUCCAAGUAUCAGAAAUCAAUGAACAAGGUGAGGUUGCAAAGCUAACAGACCUGACUCCACCUGCCCCUCCCAGUGAGGAUGCUGUUGAUGAAGAUGAGGACUUGCUUCUCUGCAAGUAUAAUGUCGAGAUCUUGCCUAUGGACACUUGGGACCAAAUUAAUAAGAUUGCUGUGUGUACUGAACCUAGUGAAGAGAAAGUUGAGAUAGACGUGACAGGCAUGAGUAAGGAGCAACGGACGAAAAUCCAUGAUGCAGUGAAGAAAGCAUUUGGUGACAGCAUUGUGGGCAGCACUGUGAAUGUUGACGAUAAGAAGUUUGUGCGGUUUGAGAAGUACCGGAAAGGAGUGCGCAUAGACACCAGAGUGAAGUGGGUGUGGCCCGGCGAGUACGUCUACUUCAUAGUGCACAAAGAAAAUUGCGACACCAUGGACGCCGCCGUGCGGAUAGCCGAGCGGCUCCGACUGAACGUCAAGCCGUCGCUGCUGGGCUACGCCGGCACCAAGGACCGGCGCGCCAAGACGUCGCAGUGGUUCAGCCUGCGCAAGGCCGACCCGCGGCGCGUGGCCGGCGCCUGCCGCGGCCUGCGCGACAUCCGCGUCGGCAACUUCACCUUCCGCGACACCAACCUGCGGCUGGGCAUGCUCCGGGGCAACAGGUUCCGCAUCGCGCUGCGCAACGUGACGGCGCCCGACAGCGUCGUGGAGACGGCGUGCACGCAGCUGCAGCGGCAGGGCUUCUACAACUACUACGGGCUGCAGCGCUUCGGCUCCAGGGUGGAAACGCCCACCUACGACAUCGGUCUCAAGCUGCUGCAGGGGAAUUUCAAGCAGGUGCUCAUGUCGAUGCUUAGGAACAGAGUUGAGACUUUAACAUAA